AUGUCUUCAUUAAUCGGUGAACAGCAACCCGUGAAGCUGUCGCUACCAUUGAAAUAUCAACAAGAGAUAUUUCAAGAGCUUCGACAAAAGGAUGAACUUGUCGUCCUUGCUCGCGGUCUCGGCCUUUUAAGACUUGUUACGAACCUCCUCCACUCAUAUGACGCGGCAGGAAAUAAUCUCAUACUAUUGAUUGGUGCAGAUGAUAGAGAGAAUGGAUGGAUCGGAGAGGCAUUGGCUGAGCAUGCUGCCAUUAGCAUGGCUCCCAAAGCGCGCGGUCUUUCGGUAGUCAAUACGGAUCUCAUGAGCGUCGGCACAAGAGAAAAGAUGUAUGCACAAGGGGGGAUAUUUAGUAUCACAUCUAGGAUUCUUGUUGUUGACCUUUUGACCAAUCUAUUGGACCCAGAAACUAUCACAGGCGUGGUAGUCCUACAUGCAGAUAAGGUUGUAGCUACAUCACUGGAGGCGUUCAUACUUCGCAUCUACAGACAGAAAAAUAAGGCUGGAUUCCUCAAAGCCUUUUCGGACAACCCGGAACCAUUUGCUACAGGAUUCGCGCCACUAUCGACUAUGAUGCGAAACCUAUUCCUCCGCAAUGUCUCGAUAUGGCCAAGAUUCCAUAUAAAUGUUGCGCAAGCUUUGGAAGGCAAGAAGAAGGCCGAGGUCAUUGAACUCGAAGUCUCAAUGUCUGAUUCCAUGCGAGAUAUUCAAAAUGCCAUAAUGGAAUGCGUAGAGGUUAGUAUCGGAGAAUUGAAGAAAUCGAACUCCGGAUUAGAUAUGGAUGACUGGAACGUCGACAGUGCUCUGCAUAAACAAUUCGAUAUGGUCAUUCGCAGGCAGCUUGACCCAGUAUGGCAUCGAGUCAGUUGGAAGACGAAGCAGAUUGUAAAUGACUUGACCGUGCUGAGAGGGAUGCUACAUUCUUUACUAACAUACGAUGCGGUUUCAUUCAAUCGUCAUUUAGAUAUGAUCCUUGCUGCACACCAACCUCCCGCAGGAUCUACGAGGCAAAACCAAUCCCCUUGGCUAUUUCUUGAUGCGGCACAUACCGUGUUCGAUACCGCAAAGAGACGGGUUUAUACCGGCAAGGCUGCACGAACGGAGGAUGUUGAUUCUUUAAAGCCAGUGCUAGAAGAGCAGCCAAAGUGGGCAGUACUUGCUGAAGUGCUAGAUGAAAUUGAUCGAGACCUCUAUUUCAACCCCGUCCCAGUGGAUGAUUCGAAUGGCACGAUCUUGAUCAUGUGUACGGAUUCUGCUCAAUGCUGGCAGCUGCGGGAGUAUCUUCAAAGUAUGCACGCUCGUCCAGAUACGGACGAGGAUAAUUUGGAUAGAGAACAGGAGCCAUCGGCGGAAAUUAUGAUGAGGCGGAAACUGCGCAGCUACUUGGAGUGGAAGAAGAAGUUCGCUAAGAUCAGCGCGGCUCUUUUCAACGAAAAUCAAAAUGCACUAAGCGGUGCUAGCAACACAAACAGUAUCACGAACAACUCCCGAGGUAGGGCUCCGGCGAAUAAAAGGAGGAGAGUUAGAGGUGGUGCUUCGAGCUCAGGAUCCACACGUGCUACAAAUGGCAGCUUACAAGCUGCAGAAGAUAAGCCUCUCGAGGUUGCCGAACUGAUGUCAGAGAUAAAACCCACGGAAGUGGAGGCAUUACAGAAAGAAGAAGUCAUUGCAGAUCCUCUUGACGAUAUGGAAGAUUACUAUCAGCUUUAUGAAAUGAAGGACCUCGUAGUUGCUCACGCCUAUGACGGGGAUAUGGAUGAGCAUAUUCUCGAAGAGGUAAAACCGCGGUACAUUAUCAUGUACGAACCCGAAACAUCUUUUGUUCGUCGGGUUGAAGUUUAUCGAUCUUCACACAACGAUCGAAACGUCCGAGUAUACUUUCUUUACUACGGUGGAUCGGUAGAGGAACAACGUUACCUGUCAUCUACUCGCCGGGAAAAAGAUGCCUUUACCAAGCUUAUCAAGGAGAAGGCCAAUAUGUCUGUCGUACUGACUCUCGAUGCGCAUGGUAUCGAAGAUCCACAAGAAGCCUUUCUCCGUACAAUAAAUACUCGUAUUGCUGGCGGAGGACGUUUGGCCGCUACUGCUCAGCCACCACGGGUCGUAGUUGAUGUCCGAGAAUUUCGGUCCUCACUCCCAUCUCUGCUUCACGGUCGUAGCAUAGUAGUAGUGCCAUGCAUGCUUACUGUCGGAGAUUAUGUUCUUUCUCCCAACAUUUGUGUAGAGCGCAAAUCAAUCAAAGACUUAAUCUCGUCAUUUAAAGACGGUCGUUUGUACACUCAAGCUGAGUCUAUGCUCGAACAUUACAAGUCACCAAUGCUACUCAUUGAAUUCGAUCAAGGCAAAUCUUUUACCCUUGAACCAUUUGCUGAUCUCUCGGGAUCAUUAUCCUCCGUAUCGGCUGCAAAUGUAUCAUCGGAUCUUCAAUCCAAACUCGUACUCCUCACUCUCGCCUUUCCUAAGCUUCGCAUAAUAUGGAGCUCUAGUCCGUACCAGACUGCCGAGAUAUUCGAAAGUCUCAAAAGCCAAGAACCCGAACCAGAUCCCAUACAAGCCGUAAAAAUCGGGCUGGAAGGUGGUGCAAGUGCCGAGGAUCAAGCUUUCAACCGGGAGCCUCAGGACAUGCUAAGAGUUGUACCAGGGGUUACAGGGAAGAAUUUGGGUAAUUUGGUGGUGGAAUUGGGGAACAUUAAGGAGGUAGCUAAUGCAAGUUUGGAGGAAUUGGAGCCGGCUGUUGGGAAAGAGGCUGGAAGGCAGAUUCACCGGUUCUUUAAUAAAAGUGUGCUUGAAUGA